CCACUGUCAGAUCUGAGUAAUAACGAAACGGCCAGCAUUUCUCGGAAACGAUUUCAUUGUCGGGAAGAGCCGCACAUGAACAAAGUGAAAGUUAAAUGUUACUCAAACAGCACAACUGUAUCUCUGAGUUGGCAGCAGCAUUUCGUGCACUCGUUCUGAACACUACAACGUGGUAAGGGAAACAUCAGUUCCUGCAGUAAAUAAUCUUUGCCUCCAUCUGAUCACAGCUUUACUCCACACCCCAAAACGUGUCAACACAAGUGACUCAGCCACUGAGUCAAUCGGAGACUGACUUCAACUCGCAACGCGGAGAAGCGUCUGAUGAGCCAGUGCUUUCGAACAAGUGCAGUUGUUACAGGAGCUGAGACCUCAGUGAAAACCCUGGUCCAUCCUGUCCCGAUAGUGAUUCCCCCUCGGCUGGAUCACAGACAUUUCAUGUACAGGUGAUACAGGAUUGGAUUGUGUGGAACAAUGAGUCACGGAGAAAGAGUGGUGAUGGAACAGGCAGCUCUGGGCCGUCCUUUCCAACUGGGAAUGCUGUACGACUGCCGAUCUGACUGUCUGAUCCCAGGGGUCACACUGUGGGAUUUAGAGAAAUUACAACCUCACGUACAAUCUCAGCGUAACACUGAGUUUCACAUCAUUGCAUCUGACUCCACUGAUAAAAAAGCCUCUGCGCUGAAUGUGCAUGGAUCACUGAAAGCAAGUUUCCUGGGUGGUUUGGUGGAGGUGACAGGAUCAGCGAAGUAUCUCAACGACACAAAGAAAUCGAGGCAACAGGCCCGAGUGACCCUCCAGUACCGAACAACAACCAAGUUUGAGCAGCUGACAAUGAACAGCUUGGGGCAACAGAAAAUAACCUACCCGAAUGUGUUUGAUGAGGGAACAGCAACUCAUGUGGUUACAGCAGUGCUGUACGGGGCUCAGGCUUUCUUUGUGUUUGAUCAAGAGGUCUCUUCGACAGAGAACAUACGGGAUAUUCAGGGUAACCUGGAGGGGAUGAUUAAAAAAAUUCCUUGUAUUGCAGUUGAGGGUCAGAUCUCCCUAGAAUUGACAGAGGAACAAAAAUCCAAUGUCCAAAAAUUCAGCUGCACCUUUUAUGGAGAUUUCUUCCUGGAAAACAAUCCCAGCACAUUCCAAGAUGCUAUCAAAAUCUACACAACCCUCCCAAAGUUACUGGGAGCGGAUGGAGAGCACGCAGUGCCCAUGAGAGUCUGGCUCUACCCACUCGACAAACUGGACUCUAAAGCUGCUCAACUGGUACGGGACAUAAGUAUUGGAUUGGUCAAUGACUGCCAGUCUGUGCUGGAGCAGCUCAAUGAGAUCGAAAUGAGAUGUAAUGAUAUGUCGAAAGACAGUAUCACGGUUCAAUUUCCAGAGGUUCGGAACAGGAUACUGAAAUUUCGAGAGAUGUGUCAGGAGUAUAAACUGGUUUUCCAGAAGGCUUUAUGCAGAGUGUUGCCGUCUAUCCGUGGAGGUGGUGCAGAGGAAGGGUUGCUGGUGGAUAUUCUGAAGAACAAGGAACGGUCACCGUUCAAACACCAGGCACUGGUCAAAUGGCUCGAUGGUAAGGAGCGGGAAAUGAAUGUGCUGAGAUCAUUUCUCAUAAUAUUGAAAGAUAUACCCAUUGUGAAAUCGAGGGGUGAGAUGGAUAGGGAACUCUUGGAUCCAGAGGCAGAGAAUGUGGUCUGUUUCACAUUCACAUCACUGCAUCAAGAGGAUUUCUAUCUGUCAGAAGCAGGCAGAUACCUAAAAUCUCUCACAGCUGAGAAAAUGCAGAUCCCAGAUCCUGCUACCCAGAUUAGUGCAGAACAUCACAACCAGCAGUGGUUUCACUCAGAGUCUGUAUCACAGAAGAUGAGGGCGCUCUCUCGUUUAUUCCGGGAUUUUGCCACAGAAAACAGAGUAGAAAGGAAAACAAAGUUCAUUGUUGCGUCAGUGCAGGAUGACAGUAAUGUGGGAUCAUCGAUUUACCUGUAUGAGGGAGGGUUUGUGGUGAAUUGCUGCUUCAAACCCCCAUCACAGCCGGAGAGACCCGUGGUCAGUGGAGUAACACAUGACAGUGUGACUCUCCAAUUACAGCCACCGAGAUGCGAUGCUGGUGAGAUUGUUGGGUACAGGGUGGAAUACCGAAACACCCAACAGGAGGAAUUGAAAACUGUGGAUACACCCAAUAAAUCCAAAUCCUUCACAAUCCCCAGGUUACAGCCGCACCAGAAAUAUCAAUUCCAAUACAGAGCAGUGACCAAGGCAGGGGUCAGCGUGGCCAGUGAGAGCUCCAGUGUCACCACACGUCCCACAGGCCCACCUGGUAACCCCUCCACACUCCAGGUUGACUGGUGUGACGUAACACUCACCUGGGACAGGCCGACUGAGAUUGGAGCCAGUGUUAAUAUUGUUCAGUACAGGAUAGAAUAUAGGGAAGGAAAGGCAGUUCGCUCCAACACAGAGAAUGGAUUGUGGGAGGAAGUAAAGACAAGAGGCUGUGAAUGUCAUUGUACUUUAGAGGGACUGAAACCCAAGACAUGCUACAGACUGCGAGUGUCUGCUGACUGUGGAGAAGGUGGCUCUAGUGAACCAAGUGAGGAGGUUCUCAUAGAAACAGAAAAUCAACCCAAGAGACUGGCUGUGAAACUUCAUAAAGAAAGUACAUUAACAACCAAAGGGAACCCUUCCAUUUACACACUGCGCUUACAGAAGAAGAUACUGGACAAAGCUGGACACCUUGUACGUUGCACCUUUGGAAAACCCUCCAAAAAACACAGUGGAAGGACAAUCAUGGUCCUUGGAGCAACAGGAGCAGGAAAAACAACCCUCAUCAAUGGAAUGAUCAAUUACAUCCUGGGUGUGAAAUGGGAGGACAAAUUCAGAUACAAAUUGAUCAAUGAAGGGACAGGAAGAUCCCAGGCUGAAAGUCAGACAUCAUCAAUCACUGCCUAUCAACUGCACCAUCGAGAAGGAUUCCAGAUUGAUUACUCUCUCACUAUCAUUGACACUCCAGGGUUUGGAGACACCAGGGGGAUAUCCCGAGAUAAAUUGCUCACUGAGCAGAUCCAAGAGUUCUUCACUUCCCCAGAUGGUGUUGAUCAGAUCGAUGCUGUGUGUUUCGUUGCUCAAGGCUCUAUGGCUCGUCUGACCCAUACACAGAAAUAUGUCUUUGAUUCAAUUCUUUCUAUUUUUGGCAAAGACAUUGCAGAGAACAUCAGAAUCCUGGUGACAUUUGCAGAUGGGCAGAUUCCCCCUGUUCUGGAGGCCAUCAAUGUUGCUGAGGUACCGUGUCCCAAAGAUAAAAAAGGUUUUCCAGUUCACUUCAAGUUCAACAAUUCGGCCAUAUUUGCUCAAAGACCAAUUUCUGGUGACUCUGUCAAUAAGAGGGACCCUGAUGGGAGCAGUGAGGAGGAGGAGGAGAGCAAUAGCUUUGAUGCAAUGUUCUGGAAGAUGGGAUCAAUCAGCAUGAGGAAAUUCUUUUCAGCUCUGAGCAAAAUGGAAACAAAGAGUUUACGUUUGACAAAGGAGGUCCUGAGAGAGAGGCAGCAGCUGGAGGCUGCGAUAGAGGGAUUGCAGCCUCAGAUUAAAAUGGGGUUGACCAAAGUGGAGGAGCUCAGGAAGACACAACAAGCUUUGAACCAACAUCAGGUCGAUCUGGAUGCAAACAAAGAUUUUGAGUAUGAGGUUGAAGUCACAGUUCCGGUACAGACUGAUAUCAGUGGGAGUGGUCAUUUCAUAACUAACUGUCAGAAAUGUCACUUCACCUGCCACUAUCCUUGUGCCAUUCCUAAUGAUAGUGAUAAAAGGGGAUGUGCAGCAAUGGGGCACAAUGGAUACUGCAGAGUCUGUCCAAGUAAAUGUGUGUGGUCUAUUCAUUUUAACCAAAAGUACAAGUUUGACUAUGAAACCAGAAAGGAGAAGAAAACGUAUAAAGAGCUAAAGGAAAAAUAUGAGAAAGCAUCUGGUGAAAAGAUGACACAAGAAAAGGUCAUGAAGAAACUUCAGCAGGAGUUAGAUGGUGUGCAGCAAGUGGUUUUCAAACUGAUUGAAACAUCAUCUCAGUGCAUUUUAAGACUUGAGGAAAUAGCUCUCAGACCAAACCCAUUAUCAACUCCAGAAUACAUUGACCUGCUGAUUCAAUCUGAGAAAGAGGAAGCGAAACCGGGAUUCCUGGAGAGAAUCCAGUCACUGAAUGAAGUCAAACAACAGGCUGAGAUAAUGGCAAAAAUAUCCAGACAAGAGGAGCUGUGCCCAAAAGAAUAUGGAGGCAAAGCAGCAGACGGUAAGAAAGGACUUCGGGAAAGAUUGAAAGAGAAGUUUUCUGACGUGUGCAAUUGGUUUCAGCUUUCAAAAUAAUUCACAUCUCAGGCUGGAAUAAAUGAAGACAACAAUGAAACAUUUAGUCAACAAAUGAUGUCGUUCACUUGUUUCCAAUGUCUGAAGCAAAUAGUUAGCUCGUUAAUAAAAGAAUUUCUCUCCAAAAAAAUUUCCUAAUUCUACUUCGCUGAUUGAACCAACUCAAUCCAGCUGUAACCAAAAUAGAAGCAAUUAUUGCCUGGCCUGUAUAUCUAACAUACAUUGCAUGAGGACACAAAUUUUAAAUAUCUUUAUAAUGCCGAUCCAAUACAUAGCUGAUUUGGUUGUGAGCUUACACUUCUCUAUUCCAAUGUGAUCACCAUAUAUUUUCUGGUCAUUCCUGAAUUUUUUGGCUAUGAUUAUUCUGGAUCCCGCCAGUGGGAAUACCAUCUUCCACUGAGCCAUCAUCCUGAUAGACCAGAGCAGCCGUAUUGCAGGCUGCUGCAAUUGAUCAGGCCAUCCCUGGAUCUCCUGCUGAUGAAGCAUUUGGAACUCCUUGAAUUUGUUGAUCUCCCCUCUAAUCUGCUUCAGUUUCAGAGCAGUGUCACCUUCACAACAGGGUGAGAAUUUACACUUCGAUUUUCUAUCCUGUGUUUCUCCUGUGACAAAGGCAUGAUGCUCAGUGGUUAGCACUGCAGCCUCACAGUGCCAGGGACCUGGGUUUGAUUCCACCCUCGGGCGACUGUCUGUUUGCACAUUCUCCGUGUGUCAGCGUGGGUUUCCUCUGGGUGCUCCGGUUUCCUCCCGCAAUCCAAAGAUGUGCAGGUUAGGUGGAUUGGCCAUGCUAAAUGGCCCGUUCAGGGAUGUGUAGAUUAGAGAGAUGGUUCUGGGUGGGAUGCUGUGUGUGUCGGUGUGGACUUGUUGGGCUGAAGGGCCUGUUUCCUACGCUGUAGGGAUUCUAUUCUAUGAUACUGAGAAUCAGGUGUGUGCCAGCUCCAUUUCUCUUCCCAGCUUGUAUUUCAGUUUGGUAUUGUAACUCCAAGACCCCAAGAAAAACAUGGAUCGUCUUGCUAGUGCUUUCUUGUGGGUUUGCACCAUUUAUCAUGAUGAACAUCCUUACAUCGACAUCAACAUCGAAAUUCUCACAUCUAUAUAAGUGCUCCUUUUAUAUUGGCAUCUCUGAUCUCAUCCGAGAAUGAGCUUUGAAUGUUAAUACUGCUGUCUUUGCUUUCCUGUCCUCUAUUUGUAGAGGGGCAUGUUUCUUUCUCUUGGAGGAGUAGAAUAAACUUAACAAAUGUCAUAUUACCUUUUGGAGUUUCUUUGAACUUCUGUCACAUGACUCUGACAAAGAGCACAUGAAACCUUUUUAUUAUGUGUUGUGACACAUUUGAUGUGAUGGAGCUUGUGUAUCAAGUCAAGUCAAGGAAAAUUCUCAACUCUCUCAGCAUUGCUAGUCCCUUUCAGCAAACUACCAAAUGGCAGUCUCUACUUCAGUUUAAACUUUUUGAAUGCCUGUAAGAUACAAUCAGCUUCUUAAUUCAUUGUGAGCUUCAGCAGUGCAUUCUGCUGUGUCUGUCAAUGUUUUUCUUUUUCAUUUCUGCACAAUUCAAGAUAUUUUCCUUCUGGCAUUAACGGGGGUUGCUUUUCCAAACCAGUAUUACAUUAAUUUAAGAUAAUAAAAUGUGAGGCUGGAUGAACACAGAAGGCCCUGCUGGGCCUGCUGGGUUCAUACAGCCUCACAUUUUAUUAUCUUGGAUUCUCCAGCAUCUGCAGUUCCCAUUAUCACUGUUACAUUAAUUUAAAAUGGUUUUGGCUUAGUCACAAGCACUUACUGCCACUAUACCAUGUAUUCUGGUUUUCUUUGUUUCCCAAAUGUUAGAAAUAAUCAGCUCGUAAAUGUGCAAAGAUGAGAAAUUUUGGCGUAAUAUUUGCUGUUUGGCUUGGUUCUCUUACAUAUGCUUCUUUCAUCCAGCCUGGAACAUUUAGACAUCAGUUGAUUUCUAGGUAAGUAGUUCCUAGCCCUUUUCACACAAUAGAAUAGUAAUUAACACAAGUACUGCCUUAGUAAAAGACAGAGGAGCUAAACUUACAUUAACAUUUGGACUCAACUUUUGCUAUAAUUAUAUGGAACUGUUUCAUUUAUUCAGAUUGUUUCCUUCAAAUAAUGAUUCAUAUGCUGUUGCUUGUGUUCACUUAUUAGACAAUAUUAUUUCAGGAAACAUUGUUUUCUUUGUUAAAUUUUAAAAUCACACAUAGCCGCUAUUUUUUUCUAAGGUUAUAUUCUGAAUUUCUUUUUGUAA